AUGUGCGGUAUCCUCGGUCUUCUCCUCGCUGAUCCUGCCGGCGCCGCCGUGUCGGAGAUCUUCGAAGGUCUCAACAUGCUCCAACACCGUGGUCAGGACGCUGCCGGUAUCGUCACCUGUGGCCCCAAAGGCCGCCUCUACCAGAACAAGGGCAACGGGAUGGUCCGUGACGUCUUCCACGAGGAGCAGUUGAAGGGAUUGCGCGGAAACAUGGGAUUGGCACACCUCAGAUACCCGACUGCGGGCAGUUCGGCACAGAGUGAGGCUCAGCCCUUUUAUGUUAACUCGCCCUACGGUAUCGUCUUUGCGCAUAACGGAAACAUCGUCAACUCGAUCGAGUUGAGGGAGUAUUUGGAUCAGGAUGCGCAUAGGCACAUCAACACUGACUCGGACUCUGAGUUGAUGUUGAACAUCUUCGCCAAUAAGUUGCAGGAGACUGGAAAGGCUCGUUGUAAUGAGGAGGACAUUUUCACUGCGUUGAAAGAGGGUAUCUAUGAUCAGUGCAAUGGUGGAUUCGCUUGUGUUGCUAUGCUUGCUGGUUUCGGUAUCAUUGGUUUCCGUGACCCUAACGGUAUCCGACCCCUCGUUUUGGGUGAGCGUGAGACGGAGCACGGAGUCGACUACAUGUUCGCCUCUGAGUCCGUCGUGCACGACGCCCUCGGCUUCAAGAAGUACUACGACGUCAAGCCCGGAGAGGCCAUCAUCAUCACCAAGGAUGGUCUCAAGACCGUUCGCCAGGUUACCCCCGCCGGUACCUUCGCCCCAGAUAUCUUCGAGUAUGUCUAUUUUGCUCGUCCUGAUUCCGUGUUGGACGGUAUCUCUGUCUAUCGUUCCCGUCUCGCUAUGGGUGACAAGCUCGCCGAGACCGUCAAGAAGCUCGUCGGAGAGAACGUCCAGGAACACAUCGACGUCGUCGUACCAGUACCAGACACCUCCCGUGUCGCUGCCUUGCAGUGUUCAUGGGCUCUCGGCCUGAAAUACCGCGAGGGUUUCAUCAAGAACAGAUAUGUCGGCCGUACGUUCAUCAUGCCCGGUCAACAAAUGCGCCGCAAGAACGUCCGGAGAAAAUUGAACGCGAUGGCGUUGGAGUUCGCGGGUAAGAAUGUGUUGAUCGUGGAUGAUUCUAUUGUUCGUGGUACCACCUCCAAGGAGAUCGUCCAGAUGGCUCGUGAUGCGGGUGCGAAGAAGGUUUACUUUGCGUCCUGUGCACCGCCGAUCCGCCAUGCUCAUAUCUACGGUAUCGACCUUGCCGACACCCGGGAACUCGUUGCGUUUGAUCGUGAUGAGCAGCAAAUCGCUGAGGAGAUCGGUGCGGAUAUGGUUAUCUACCAGACCCUCGAUGACUUGAAGGAGACUUGUUCCCAGUUCAACCCCGCGUUGAAGGAGUUCGAGGUCGGUGUCUUCACUGGAGAGUAUGUUACCCCCGUCGCCGCUGGCUACUUCGAGCACCUCGAGAGCUUGAGAAGCGAGAACGUCAAGCAGAGGCUUAACGGUAUCAACGGUGGUGGUGACAUCCCCGUCGAUGGUGAGGGUAAGGCGCCAAUGGACAUCUCAUUGCACAACCACCACCAUGCUAUGGGAUAAAUACAACGGGGUUGUAGGAAUAUAGACAUCCGGGUUUUCGUUCGGGUACAUACAUUUUGGUAUUUUUGAUUUCGUUCUCUGGCAUUUUAUGGGUUCAGACAGGUGUUUCGUGGGUUUUCGCACAGCUUUUUCGAUAUGGAUAUGAGAUACAAUGUUGGCUUUCACAGUUGAUAGUUAUAAGAAAUGGAAAAGCAUUCGUAUACCUC